AUGUCCCAGUCCGAGUCUGUGUCAGAGCCUGGACUCGGAAAUGGGGUACACGCCCUCUCACUUCCAGACCUCUCCGGUGCAGUCCCUACCUCUGCAGAGGCCAGGGCCAAACGCCGCAUCGCUGCAUUAGAAGAAGAAUUGCAGACAAUGAAGGAUGAAAGAGGACCUAAACAGAGAAAGAUGACCUACUACGUCGCACAAGGCAGGGCGGUUCGCCGAAUGACCGUCCUCUACACUAGCUUAGAAAAUUUGAUCGCUGAGAACGAUCGCAGGUAUGAGGGAAGCUUGGUUAACGACAUUGCGCAAAACACCACAGAACAAAACCGCCUGCAGCGCGGCUACCUCGCGCUUACACAGACUCUGCCAUGGCUACAUGCUAAACUUGCAGAUUGUGAUUACGAUGAAUCUGAAGAGAUGUUGAAGAAGAUCAGAAGAGGAGCCGAUGCCGCCCGUGGCGACGAUACAUCCACUCUCAAGGAUCUCGUCGCCGCCUGGAUCAAUCAGGAUUUUCGUCCUACCAUUCUACUCAGGUCCAACGACAAGCACUUGCGCGGGUUCGCACACGACGUUUGUGGGAAACUACUAUGCCCCACUGAGUGGGAUUGGAAUGAUGACCGCGUGAAGGCGGGCAUUCACGAUAGAACGACAGAUUUCAUCGUGUCGGAAAAUUCUUGGCCGCUGUUUGUUUACCAGAAUUACACAUUCGACGACAGCAACCUGGAGCAGGGCCUGUUCAUGUCUAAGAUCCUCGUUCAGGCUUUCAAAGCCGUAUUUACGUCACCAUCUUCCGCAAGAGAAGCUGAUGGCGACGGUGAUGGAGCCGAUAUACUCGAGAAUAACCGGCGCGCCCGACGGGCAUUAAACCAAGUCAAGGUUAAAACAUGUGUUCGGUUUGCGCUAUCAAGCGUCUCGUCUUGGCGCACCGUUGACGGCAACUUCGAUUACGAAGUGUUUUGGAACAACAUCGUCGAUUUCUUCAAGGAUGUCCCUGGACCUAUCGCACGACAUCGGGUGACCAAGCUACUCGAAUGGUGGACAAGGAAGAUUUUCGGGAAAAAUCAUCGAGAGGAUCUAACCCCGGAAGUUGUAUCCAAAAUGUCCGUUACAACGCUAGCCGAGCAGAGAAAGAGGCUGGAGGAAUCUGCUUUCGACUCGGAUUAG